GUUUACAACUUCGCAACCAGAACCAGACCCUGGCUUGUAAACGAGUGACUAACGAUGACGGAAUAAACUGAAAGUAUUUUUCUGGCGUUUUAGCGCGAUUUGAAAAAAGGGCUUGGCGAUUUCGUCUUCCUUAUCCCCCUUGACGACGUGCCUGUUUGGACUCUACCGACUUACCGCAAUACCGGUGGUGGGUUUACCCGGAGUUUGAAUUGACGUACAAAACUCAACACGAAAGUAACUGCGUGUAGUUUGAAGAGCAUUUAUCCGCAGCUGGGACUAAUUUUCUUCUCAUUUGACAUUGAAGGAUUUGACAGGAAGGAUGUACCGAAACUUUGGGAAUCAAGGACGGGGCAACCCGACGUACACAGGCAGUGUGUCCGAGUCAAACACCAGCAGCAGCACCACCACCACACAAGAGCAGUAUGCCAUGGCUGGCAGCAGUCAGUUCGUGCCAAGCCUCAAUGCCAUCACAACCAACCAGGACCUCCAGUGGCUGGUCCAACCCUCCCUCAUGCAUCCACCCGGUCCUUCAAGAUCACCAGCACCUCCUUACCCAACCCUCUCUGGGGCACGGAGCCUAGGUCCACCACCUUCCCACUCCCAUCUCAUCAGACCGGGCGUCAUAAGAGCAGCCACAAACACUUCAGGUUUGACAAGACGCAGGAUGGAUGAACAUCUUUCACAGGAAGAGAUGGAAAGACGCAGAGUAAGAAGGGAGCGGAACAAAUUGGCGGCAGCAAAAUGUCGCAAUCGUCGACGGGAGCUCACAGACACUCUCCAAAGUGAGACUGACCAGCUGGAAGAUGAAAAGUCCCGUCUCCAGAAGGAAAUAGCUGAAUUACAGAAGGAAAAAGACAAGCUUGAGCUGGUGCUGGAAGCUCAUCGUCCCAUCUGCAAAAUAGAGUCAUCUGAUUCAGAUUCUGACCCAAGUCCAUCAGUUUCCUCUUUGGGAUGCAUCAAAAUAGAGCCCGAGGAACCCAGCCGACCUGGACGUCAACUUCCAUCGAAGAUGGAGAAACUCAAACCAAAGAUAACCAUCUCCACCAAGUCUGCGACAACGCCUGCCCUGGCUGUUGUCACUGAGUCCGAGUCACUCCACACCCCGAUUCUCACCUCUACUCCAUCACUAAUGCCAUUCACUGCUGGUAUGGUUUUCACAUAUCCGUCCGCCUCUUUAGAUACCAACAGCCCCACCACGUCCCAUGCUGUACCACAUCAGUCUCAAGCUCCACAACCCUGUGGGAUCGCUCAUCGCCGCAGCAGCAGCAGCGGUGACCAGUCGGAUCACUCCCUGCACUCGCCGACCAUCCUCACGCUGUGACUGACGGCCCUGUGAUCCUGGGAAAACACUAAUGUUCAUUGUGACGCUGUGUGUUUGAGAUGACAUCUGUUUCAUUUCAUCUCCUUAGAAAGUUCUUUCUGUACUUAGAUAAACAAAUUAGUGGCAUUAUCUGGAUGUGAAUGUUACACUUUGUAUUAGAUUUAUUAUAAUUAUAGAGACUUUAUAUAUUUCUAAUUUUAAAAGCUAUGAGAUGGAAGGAGUAUGUUUCAGAUUAUGAAAGAAUGGCAUGCAGAAUAUAUUGUCUGAAGGAUUAUUAUACAAAUAACUGAUAACGCAAUCUAAUAUUAUAUCAGAAAUAACUCAUAUAAUAAAUAUAUAUAUUUGUAUAAUGUUGCUUUUAAGGAUUUGUUACGUCAUGUUAUGUAACACUUUAUAACUCAACUCUCCAAGAAGGGAAUGGGUACUUACAAAUAAUUGGUCCAUAUUUUUGUAUGAAUCUUUUAAGAGUCCUAAUAUAGUCUAUGCAAAUUAUUGACCACUAAGGCUGGGCCAUAGGAGUUAACAUAGAUUACAUAAGCAUGUAUUUAUUUUUAGAAGUGUAAUAUAUUUUUGGUAUAUGAACUGUUUGGGUGGGCAGUGCCUUACUUUUCUGUUUUGUCUAAGCUACUACUUCACAAGAAAUAAAGAGCAAAUGUUCAAAAAUGUGUGGAAAAU